AUGUCAACCGCUACAACCGUCUCCAAGACCAACAUUGGUGUUUACACCAACCCCAAGCAUGACCUGUGGAUUGCCGAGGCCGAGCCUAAAGUAGAGGAUGUCGCGAGUGGAAAGACCCUCAAGCCUGGUGAGGUGACCAUUGAGGUGCGCAGUACUGGAAUUUGCGGAUCUGACGUACACUUCUGGCAUGCGGGCUGUAUCGGCCCUAUGAUCGUCACUGACGACCACAUCCUCGGCCACGAAUCUGCCGGUCAGAUCAUCGCGGUCGCUCCCGACGUCACCUCUCUCAAGCCCGGCGACCGUGUCGCAAUCGAGCCCAACGUCAUCUGUAACGCCUGCGAGCCCUGCCUGACUGGCCGGUACAACGGCUGUGAGAAGGUCGCCUUCCUGUCCACCCCUCCCGUGGACGGCCUGUUGCGCCGCUAUGUCAACCACCCCGCCAUCUGGUGCCACAAGAUCGGCGAUAUGAGCUAUGAGGACGGAGCCCUCCUGGAGCCACUGAGUGUGACUCUGGCAGCCGUCGAGCGCAGCGGGCUGCGCCUGGGCGACCCCACACUUAUCACCGGUGCCGGUCCCAUCGGUCUGAUUUCAUUACUGAGCGCUCGCGCCGCUGGUGCUUGCCCUAUUGUCAUCACCGAUAUUGACGAGGGCCGUCUGGCCUUUGCCAAGUCGUUGGUCCCCGAGGUGCGCACUUACAAGGUACAGAUUGGCCUGUCGGCCGAGGAGUCCGCGGAGGGAAUUAUUAAUGCCCUGAACGACGGCAAGGGUUCUGGACCGGAUGCUCUGCGUCCUAAGCUGUGCUUGGAAUGCACUGGUGUUGAGAGCAGUGUCAACUCGGCGAUCUGGAGUAUGAAGUUUGGCGGCAAGGUGUUUGUGAUUGGUGUUGGCAAGAAUGAGAUGACGAUCCCGUUCAUGCGUCUGAGUACUCAGGAGAUCGACUUGCAGUACCAGUACCGCUACUGCAACACCUGGCCGCGCGCCAUCCGUCUGGUGCAGAACGGGGUGAUCGACCUGCACAGGCUGGUCACUCACCGCUUCGCCUUGGAGGAUGCCCUCAAGGCCUUUGAGACUGCCGCUAACCCCAAGACUGGCGCGAUCAAGGUGCAGAUUAUGAGCUCGGAGGAGGAUGUUAAGGCGGCCACUGCUGGUGAGAAGAUCUGA